UGACAGUUCCACCCCAAUCUGUACAUAGGAAUGACGUCCUCCUUUCUCAGUUUUGACAGCAGACGCAUGCGCACUGAUAAAGAACAACUUUACGGGUGAAACCUUGAGGGUGAUUUAUGGAAUAAACAGACGUAACAGAAAGAGUGAGUAAAGUGUGAAUCACUCUCUGGGUCAGAGAACAAGGAAGAGUUUGGGAAACGGAGCCGGCCACGUGGCUGAGGAGACAGCCUUUUUGAUUAAGUUAGGGAGCCGACGUGCGAAUGGAACACAGGUGACCCCGUCUUCAAUUCUCAUGGGACGCGCUGGCAACUUUUUAGGAAGCCAUGGAAAUGUCAAAUGAGGUACGUGCGCGCAUUGCGAUUCUUGACAUGUCGGGUCUGAGUAAUACAGUAUAGGCUGCUACGUGUACACAACAGUCAGUGACAGGAGCUGCAACUGACCAAACUGCUUAACCUGGCUUCAGUGUGGCUAGCCGUGCAAAGGAGCUCCCCAGACAGGGCGAAGGGACCCGCCACAAGCCGCAGAUGCAGCAGGACCCUGUCUAUGACUUCCCCGACUCUCAGGCUGCAGAGCCCCUGCCUGUCCACCGGGGGUCGCUCAAGAGCAUCAGCGUGCUGGACCGCCUCCUCUUGACGCACUCUGUGUGGAUGCAGCUCUCCAUCAACUCUGCCACCGCCCUGCACAUCCUGCAGAGGGAGCCUCCGGGGACGUUUCUGGUACGCAAGUCCACCACCUCCCAGAAGAAGGUGCUCUGUGUCAGGCUGGCGGACGACACCAUGCCUGGGUUCGUGGGGCAGUUCAUCAUCCGAGAGAAGGACUGCACCUUCUCCCUGGAAGCCUCGUCUAUCAGUUUCCCUGAUCUGUGCCACCUUGUUUCAUUUUACUGUGUGAGCAGGGACGUGCUUGCCUACCCGCUGGCGCUGCCUGAAGCCAUCGCCAAGGCGACGUCUCACAAGCAACUGGAGGCCAUCUCUCACAUGGGCGUGGAGUUCUGGAGCUCCGCUCUGAAUUUCAGGGGUCCUCGAAACGGGCCCCCCCCUCCGGACUUCCCCCCGCUGGACCCUGCAGACUGUGCCACCCCCGUGGGACCCUCGUCCCUGUUCAGGGAAUUCUGCCCGCUCCAAACCCGUGGCCCCCAGGAGCUGGACUACGGCUCGGGCCGGGGGGCUCUGUGCUUCAUCAACCCGCUCUUCCUCCAGUCCCAGCAGAGCCACCAGGGGGCGCUGCUCAAACGGGACAAGUUCAAACGCAGCUUCAAAGUGAGGGUCUCCACCGAGACCUCCAGCCCCCUGUCGCCCCCUGCCGCCCCCCCUCCGCCCCCCCCUCUGCUGGCUAAGGGGGCGAGAGGGAACCCCCGGAAGCAGCAGACCCCCCCCUCAUCUCCGGAGCAGGAUUCGGAGUACAAGCUGCCCUUGGUGGCGCUGUCCCGGAAGGUCAGUUCGGGGCAGUUUGCGGGGCUCCUCAAGGGGGCGAGCGUGCUUUCACCCACCGGAGAGGAGGAGGAGGAGGAGGAGGGGGAGGAAGAGGAGUACCAGACGCCCAAACCACUGCAGCAGAGGAGGAUUUCUGAAAAGCUGGGUCCUGAAACGGAGAUAUUAGAAGGAGGAGAAGACGCAGGAGAAGCUCUGAUUCUGGAUCAGAGCCGGGCUCCUUCCUUAAGAGAGCUGGACAGCAGCAGUUCCCUGAGCAGCCUGGAGGAGGUGGAGGAGAGCCUGAGCUCGGAUCGGCCCCCCCUCACGCGGGGCACCAGCUCUCCCACCCUGCGCCGGCCCCCCCCGCGGGUCUCCACCCUGCGCAAGAUGAGCGAAGCCUUCUAUUCCUUCUUCGCCCCGGAGAAGAGGGUGUCCCGGCUGGUGGAGGAGCUCUCUCGGGACAGGCGCUCCAGCUUCGGCUCCCUGGUCCAGGACUUCCUGACGCUCACCCGGGAGACUCGCGGGUCCGGGGACUCUAGCGCCGCCCUGCUGCAGACCGUGAGGAACUUCAUCACCCAGGCAAAGAGCUUCUUGCUGGGCUGCGGAGAGCUGCAGCCCCCCAUCGAGGCGCUCAUCACAGAUGAGGACAUGGACUUCGUCCUGGAGAAAGCCCUGUACCGUUGUGUGCUCAAGCCCCUGAAGCCUCACAUCGACGGCUGCCUGCAGGAGUUGCACACGCGCGACGGCUCCACGCAGCGCAUGGAGGACAGCCUGCGCGUGGCCCAGCAGGGGGCGCUGGAGCGCUUCGGGGUGCGAGUGGGCGUGCCGGACCCCCAGGGCAUUGCUAGGGUUCGGAGGAAGCUGGUGCUGAUGCAGAAAGCGUACUCCCCCAUCGACAAAGUGCUGCUGCUGCUGCAGGCCUGCAAGUGUGUGUACACUGCCAUGAAGCGAGGGCCAGGAGAGGAGUGUGGUGCAGAUGAGUUCCUGCCUGCCCUCUCGUACGCCAUCGUGCAGUGCGACAUGCCACAGCUCCCCCUGGAGGUGGAGUAUAUGAUGGAGCUGCUGGGGCCCUCUCUGUUGACUGGAGAAGGUGGGUACUACCUGACCAGUGUCUAUGCCAGCCUGUGCCUCAUCCAGACCCAGCCAGAGCAGCUCCGAAGAAGCACAGUGACCCGCGGGGCCCGGGACUCCCUGAGAGAGUGGAGCCGGCGCCGGAGGAACGAGAGCACGCCGCCCCUCCGUCAGGGACAGAGGUGUGUGCGUGUCGUCUUCCGGGACUCUGACUGCAGCACAGUGGAGACGGUGCUCCUGAGCUCCACAGACACAGUGGACACGCUGGCCCAGAUCUGCGCUCUCAAAUUCCGGGUGUCGGACCCCAAUCAGUACGGGGUCUACCUUCGUGAAGAGGGGGAGCUCCGGCAGCUCCGCCCCCAAGACUUCACCAAACAAUCAGGCUCCGGCUUCUCCCUCACCUACCAGCGCUGCAAGAGCCACAAACUGAACAGAGGGGGCGCUGUGGACCUGGGGGAGAGUCCAGAACCCAAUCCUCUCUGAGUCUACAUGUGUAGAUAUUUAGAACAUGCAGCUCGGCAAUAGGGACCAGUUUAUCUAUUGUACAGUACAAUACAAUACAAUACAAUACAGAACAGUGCAAUAGUACAGAACAGUAUACUAUUAUUAUUAUUAUUUAUUUCUUAGCAGACGUCCUUAUCCAGGGCGACUUACAAUUGUUACAAGAUAUCACAUUAUUUUUACAUACAAUUACCCAUUACACAGUUGGGUUUUUACUGGAGCAAUCUAGGUAAAGUACCUUGCUCAAGGGUACAGCAGCAGUGUCCCACCACCUGGGAUUGAACCCACGACCCUCUGAUCAAGAGUCCAGAGCCCUAAUCACUACUCCACACUGCAGUAGAAUACAAUAAUAUAUACCAAUACCUGAUGUUAGUUGGGAUUGAAUCACUAGGCGGGCAGGCAGGGUGCCAGCAGUUCCCUUUUUGUCCCGGUUGAUUGUGAGUUUUCUGGAAUGGGUGUGUGAAGAUCAGAGGAUCCUGAAGAUACUGUAAGAUGAAGACCAUGAAGGAUGUAUUGUAUCUCUUUGUAAAAUGGUUUUAGUAUAUUGUAAACAAAAAGGUUAUUUACUUUGAUUUGGUUUAAACUGGAAAAAAGAAACAUUAUUAUUUGAAACAAUAAAUAUUAUGAUUUUUUUUA